AUGGCUCUACUCUAUGCAACCAUCUUUGGAAAUGUGACCACCAUCUUCCAGCAGAUGUACGCCAACACCAACCGCUACCAUGAGAUGCUCAACAACGUCAGGGACUUCCUGAAGCUUUACCAGGUCCCCAAAGGCCUGAGCGAGCGGGUCAUGGACUACAUCGUCUCCACCUGGUCCAUGACCAAAGGCAUUGACACAGAGAAGGUGCUUUCCAUCUGUCCCAAAGACAUGCGAGCUGACAUCUGUGUUCACCUCAACAGAAAGGUGUUCAACGAACAUCCCGCCUUCAGGUUAGCCAGUGACGGCUGCCUUCGGUCCCUCGCCGUGGAGUUUCAGACCAUCCACUGUGCUCCUGGAGACCUGAUCUUCCAUGCUGGAGAGAGUGUGGACACCCUCUGCUUUGUUGUGUCGGGGUCACUUGAAGUCAUCCAGGAUGAUGAAGUUAUAGCCAUCUUGGGUAAAGGCGACGUGUUUGGAGAUGUCUUCUGGAAAGAAACCACUCUGGCCCACGCCUGUGCCAACGUGCGAGCGCUGACGUACUGCGACCUCCACGUCAUCAAGAGAGAAGCCUUGCUCAAAGUCCUGGAGUUUUACACGGCUUUCGCCAACUCCUUCUCCCGAAACCUGGUCCUCACCUGCAACCUCCGCAAGCGGAUCAUUUUCCGAAAGAUCAUUGAGGUGAAGAAGGAGGAAGAGGAGCGGCAGCGAGCUAAGAACGAGGUGCAGCUCACUAUCCCCCAGGACCAUCCGGUCCGCAAGCUCUUCCAGAAGUUCAAGCAGCAGAAGGAGCUGCGGAGCCAGGGAGCAGCCGCUGCUGCACCGCUGGACCUGGAGAAGAACCAGCUGCAGGUGGAGCAGCACCAGCUCCUGCACCCCCAAACCCUGCAGCUCGGAAACUCCAGCCUGCAGAACGGGGCCCCGCCCAGCAGCAGCAGCGUGCUCACAGUGUCUCAGGUCACGCCCCUGCAGAACUCGCUGGCCUACAGCCGUCCCUUCGAACCUCCAGCGAAGCAGAACAACUGUGACAUCAUGGAGCUGCAGCCCAGUGCUGCUGCAGGUGGGGCGGAGCCUCACGUCAGACUCAAGGUCAACAGCAGCCCCGCGCUGGGGAAGCCGCCCGUCAAGGCCACCGGAUGGAUGCGCCUCAAGAACAACAUGGCCCCAGUGGAGGCCAGCAGAGAGGGGCUGAACAACAACCUUAAGGCUGUUUCCGUGGAGACGCUUUCUCAGGACACUAAAGUUCAGGAGGGGGGGCGCAGGGACACAGGGCAGGGCGGGGUUGCUAGGAACCCUCUGCGCAAGACAGACUCCUGUGACAGCGGCAUCACGAAGAGCGAGCUGCGGAUCGACCGCGUGGGGGAAGCACGCACCCCCGCUGCUGUUACCCCCCUCGUUCACAGCCCCCUGGCUGGAGGAACGGGCCCCCCUCACCCCUUCUGCCCCAUUCCAGAGCAGGGCGUCCAUGCGGCGCUGCAGGAGACCAGGUUGGAGCUGCGAGAGGACAUCCAGACUCUGGGCGGCCGCCUGGGCACCUUAGAGGGUCAGGUGGCAGAAAUCAUCAAACUGCUGUCCGAUAAAAGGAGGGGGUCUGGGGGGGCGCCGCCGGCCGUCAUCACCCCCAAAACAAAGGUUCAGAGACAGGACAUUUUUACCGUUUCCAGACCGGUUUCCCCGGAUUCCGAGAGGGACGAGGGGCUUUGAAACAGAAUGUCCUGGAAGAACAUCACAACUGCUGCAGAACUUUAGCUCUCUGUCACUCUGGGGCGUCCAGUGACGACACACCACACCCCCCCGAAACCAAAUAAAGACGUUUGCACACGGAUGUGACAUCCGGAUGGCCUGAAGGUUCAGCGCCAGUGACCUGGACCGGGCUUUGAUUGUACAUAUCUGUCUAUGCAUGUCCAGCUGGGUUCUGGUCUGCCAAAGAAACUACUGAGCAUACUUAUGGCCUGUAUAUUAUGCAGUGUACUGCAUGCAAAACUUUUAAUAUUUUGUAAUGUUGGAAUAUCAGGGUUAGCACUGCAGACUUUACUUACAAACAGGUUUUGCUGGCAAAGCGAUUGUGCAUGGAUAUGACUCAUUUAAGGGCAGAUGCUUGUUUCAGCUGUUGAAUUGACCUUGUUCCAGUGCUGUUCUCUCGUGAAGAACCUGGAUCUUCUGAUGAUAUCAGCUAUUUUUGGUAAUAAUUUAUAUUUUUGAUCACAGUUCUAGGUUUUACUUUUCUGGAAUACUUCUUAGAUUACUGCUUUGUUGCUAUGCAUCACUUGGAGCACCACCGCUGCACGAGGAUGAAGGAAGGUUGUUGUGUACAUCGUUCUGCAUGUUUUAAGCACGACAGAAUGUAAAAGCUGAAAUGGAAAUUCAACUCAGCACAAAUAUGUAAGAAUCCAAACCCUGACGCAGAUUCAGCACAAAAAGCUCAAGAAAUAAACGAUGAAACUCUGUACUUUGGAUUAGACAUGUUUUCUGCUUCUGCAUGUUUAGAUGUUUUGUUAUGGGGUCGAAUCAGGAUAAGCUCAAAGUGAACGAAAAAUUAGAUUGAAAGCUUGAAAAAUACACAUUGUAACUGAAAAUAUUUUUUGAAAAGUUGAAAACAAGACAUUUUAAAUUAAAAAAAUGUUUGAAAGUUUGAAAUGUUUUGAAAUUCUGAAAAAAAA